CCCCGACUCCCCGGCGCGCUCGGCUCCUCCCCCAACACCCCCUCUCGAAUCUCGAUUCCCCCCCGACAUCGCCACCUCCGCCUGCCUGCUCCCGCUCCCCUCCCCGCCUCCUCCUCCUCCUACCCCCACUCGCCGCGAGCCGCCCUAGGGUUCCCCCCCGCGCGCGGGCCGGCGGGCGGGCGGCACGGGACGGGAUGGAGGGGUGGGCCACCGCGGCGGCGUACACGGCCGCGGCGCUGGCCUCCGCGGCGGCGGCGACGGUGGUGGCGCUGCGCCUCGUGCACCGGCACCUCCUCCACUACGCCGAGCCCACGCACCAGCGCUUCAUCGUCCGCAUCAUCCUCAUGGUCCCGGUGUAUGCGGUGAUGUCAUUUCUUUCUCUUGUCUUACCGCAUAAGGCAAUCUACUUCAAUUCUAUUCGAGAAAUCUAUGAUGCUUGGGUCAUCUACAAUUUCUUUUCACUUUGCCUGGCGUGGGUAGGAGGUCCUGGCACUGUGGUGGUAAGUUUGAAUGGCCAGUCUCUGAAACCCUCAUGGUUUCUGAUGACUUGCUGUUUACCAGCUAUUCCUCUGGAUGGGCGUUUUAUAAGGAGAUGCAAACAAGGGUGUCUUCAGUUUGUGAUCCUGAAACCAAUCUUGGUUGUUAUCACAUUCAUACUUUACGCAAAAGGAAAAUAUGAAGAUGGAAACUUCAGUGUCAACCAGUCUUAUCUAUACAUAACUAUCAUCUAUACAAUCUCAUACUCUAUGGCACUUUUUGCUCUUGCACUAUUCUAUGCGGCAUGCAGAGAUCUACUUCAGCCAUAUAACCCUGUCCCAAAGUUCAUCAUAAUCAAAUCAGUCGUGUUUCUCACGUAUUGGCAGGGUGUGCUGGUUUUCCUUGCUGCAAAAUCUGGAUUCAUAAAAAACGCUGAGGAAGCUGCUUAUCUCCAGAACUUUGUGCUAUGUGUUGAGAUGCUCAUAGCAGCAAUUGGGCAUCGAUUUGCAUUCUCUUAUAAGGAAUACGCUGGCUCCAAUGCCCGUCCUUUUGGUGGUUUCAGGGGAAGCCUUCUUCAUGCUAUGAAAUUCAACGACUUCUAUCAUGACACUGUGCACCAGUUUGCACCUACGUAUCAUGAAUAUGUGCUCUACAGUAACGAAGAGGAGGAUGAACCGACAAAAUACAGCCCUAGCACAAUCGUGCCAACUGGACAGCACAUAGUAGAGCUGGCGGAAGUCACUGUUGUGAGCUCAAAAGCGCCAGCAAUGUCAAGCUUACUUCUGAAUGAGGCAGAUCAGGCAGAAACAUCACCCACUCAAAGCAUGGAAAUCAAAACUGCUACUUCCACAGAACCAUACGAGCUUUCAAACUUCCUCAGUGUAGACUUAUCUGAUUACCCUGCUGAGGUCCCUGCGAUUCCUGAUGUAAGAGAACAAUGACCCGGUGCUGUAUAUUUGGGGUGUAAAUGGGCAGUAGCGCUGUUGAGCUGAUCCUAGAUUACGUUGUACAUAGAAAUGUCGUUUGUUGGUUCUGUUUCAUUGUUCGCCCAUUUAAGGGCAUCUUCACUUUUUUUUCGGGGUGGGUUAAAAGAUCAAUGUCAACGGAAUAUGUGAUGUCAGUAUGAGGCAGGAGUGUAAGCAACAUGUCUCAGAUUUGCCAUUGCUGAUGAGGUGGGUGUCUAUUGAACGCGGUUUCUGUACUGAUCUUAUAAAUGUUCACGUGUAUAGUUUGCAAGAUUGCACUGA